AUGACUCGUGAACAAUAUGAAAUCAAUGGGGGUGGUUUCUAUGGACUCAUGAAGAGUUUGAAUCUCGAUCCUCAACAGUUUGGGGAUAUCAAUACUGACUGGGAUCAGCAUGAUCUUCAAAGACUUCAGAUGAUUAAGGAAGAUAUAGAGACUCAACUUUUGUUGUUGUUUGAUAUUCUUAGAACUCGUUUGAGAGCUGAUAUGGAUACACAACUUGUAAGUCAUGAUGGAUUCCCUAGAAGUGACAUUGAUGUCGUAAGCAUACGGUUAGUCAGGAUCCGUAUUAUCAGAUUACGCAACGAUCAUCGUCAAGUGUUGCGCCACUUGGAACAAAGAAUGAUCCAACAUUUCCAAAGAGCAGCAGCGCAAGACAAUAAUGUCAUGAUAGAAGAACCAUAUUCUGGUAUGGAAAUAGAUGAUGUUCUGGCAGCAGAAAGUUCAACUCAAACACACCGUAUACCGUUUGCUAAUGUACUGGAAGUUGCGGAGAAUGGACCUGCUUAUUGUGCUGGGUUGAAAGAAGGAGAUAUGUUGGUACUUUUUGAUACUAUACAUUCUGGUAACUUUAAUAAUUUACAAGAGUUAGCAGCAGUGGUUCAAAGACUGCUUGAAAAAGCUAUUCCGGUCCAAGUAAUAGGAGCUGAUUCUUCGAGAAGAUCAUUAACCUUAUGUCCUUGCAUUAAUUGGGGUGGUCGUGGAGCUUUGGGAUGUAAAAUUGUCCCGAUAUAG